CCCGCUCCUGCCUCGUCGUCCCCGUCUCCCCGAUUCCCCGGCUCGGCAGCUCCAGCUCACCGCCACCAAGAGUUCCACGACCCAAUCACCCCAUCCGUCUCCGUCCAUCAGCGCUGCGGUCAUCCGAUCUUCAUCCGAUCCGCCGCGUCCCAUUGUUACAGCAACGAAGCUUCUGUCGCCGCAGGCGACGAUCCUCGUUUCGUCUGCCAUCGCAUUCACAUCGCCGUCUUCCCCUACUCCAACGCCGUAGCAGAGCGAGCCUGCGCCAAGGCCUGGACGCAAGGCGCGCGAGGCUAUGGCGGGCGGGCACGGCCACCCUUACUCGCCGGCGGAGCUGGAGCUGCCGGGGUUCGUGCCGCAGCGGCUGUCGCCGGGCGAGAUCCUCGCGCCGUUCCUGGGCGCCUCCCUCCUCGUCGCCCUCGCCGUCUGGCUCAUCUCCGGGAGAUGCGGCGGCGGCGGAUCGCCCAGGACCGACCGCUUGCUCAUGUGCUGGUGGGCGUUCACCGGGCUGACCCACAUCCUCCUCGCGGGGGCUUUCCUCCUCGCCCCCGGUUUCUUCAGCAGGGAGAGCCCCAAUUACUUCGACGAACUCUUUAAGGAGUUCAGCAAGGGUGACUCCAGGUACGCCGCCAGGGACACCGCGAUCCUCGCGCUCGAAGUGGUAACGAUCGGGUUCAAAGGCCCUGCAUCCCUGCUCGCAGUCUAUGCAAUUGCAUCCAGGAAGUCUUACAGCCACAUCCUACAGUUCGCCGUUAGCUUGAGCCAGCUCUACGGAUGCUUGUUCUACUUCGUCACCGCGUACUUGGCUGGCUUCAACUUCUGGGCCAGUCCAUUCUACUUCUGGGCGUAUUUCGUCGGCGCAAACAUCUCGUGGGUUGUCGUACCAACGCUCGUUGCGGCAAGGAGCUGGAAGAAGAUCUCCGCAGCAUUUCGAGCUGAGAAGGUGAAGAUCAGAUGAUCCUGCCUUGGCCGGUAGUUUGGUUUGGAGAUAAUGAUACUUACUGUAAAAUGAUGGGCAGAUCAUUUGUUCCUCAAACUUGUUGCAGACCCCAUAUUCCCAUUGUACCUUUUGCAAAUUAAACUGCAUUUUCCUGUCACUGUUUUUUUUAACCCCUCUUGCAUCUCCUCUUUCAAAACCCUAGCCUCGAUCGACAUGUUCUUCCAGCAUGAGCCAUCCUUUGAAAAGAUCCUGUCACUGUUGUGCAA